AUGAACAGUUCAAUUACGGAGGUAAAUAUGAGCGUUCCGAGCCGUGCGACUAACUCAAACAAUACGAUUUUAUCUGAGGAACGGACAUGUCACAGAAGUCAAAUGGCAUCAUCAGAUACUGUUGGACGUUCAAUGGCACUUUUGCCCAUAAAUCAUAAUCAUGCUCUACAUCAUGGAAUAAAAUUAAUGCCUCACAUAAACUUGCCUCACAGAGAAGUAGGAGCAACAACACCUUUGGUUAAUAGCUCCGGCACAGCUAGUACGUGCUCGAUGUCCCUACCAGGUUCGAUGUCAUCGGCAUCUGACACUGUUUGUAAUAUUCUUCCACAUAACACUUCAGAUAGCAGCUCAAUAGACCUCGCUAGUCUUUUCGAAUGCCCAGUUUGCAUGGAUUAUGCUCUACCACCCAUUAUGCAAUGUCAAAGUGGACAUAUCGUUUGCGCAUCGUGCCGGUCAAAACUCUCAUCAUGCCCAACUUGUAGAGGCAACUUAGAUAAUAUCCGGAACCUCGCAAUGGAAAAACUUGCUUCCAGUGUAUUAUUUCCUUGCAAGUACUCCACUAGUGGUUGCCCAGAAACUUUUCAUUACACAUCCAAAUCAGAACAUGAAGCAGCUUGCGAGUAUAGGCCCUAUGAUUGUCCAUGUCCUGGUGCUUCAUGUAAGUGGCUUGGUGAAUUGGAACAAGUUAUGCCCCAUCUCGUGCAUCAUCAUAAAAGCAUUACAACUUUACAAGGCGAAGAUAUUGUAUUUUUGGCUACUGACAUAAGUCUUCCAGGUGCUGUAGACUGGGUUAUGAUGCAAUCUUGUUUUGGACAUAGUUUUAUGCUGGUUCUAGAAAAGCAGGAACGUGUACCAGAUCAGAUAUUUUUCGCUCUUGUCCAACUCAUCGGAACUCGGAAACAGGCAGAUCAAUUUGUGUACAGACUUGAGUUAAACGGGCAUCGUCGACGAUUAACUUGGGAAGCUUGUCCACGUAGUAUUCAUGAUGGUGUUCAAUCUGCAAUCGCUGUGUCUGACUGUUUAGUAUUCGAUUCUAACACUGCUCAUUCAUUUGCUGAAAAUGGUAAUCUAGGAAUUAAUGUGACUAUUUCUCAAGUUUCUCCGUCUAUUUCAUAA